AUGGAGACAAAGACAAGAAAAGGGUAGAGAGAGAAUGACCAAAAGAUAGAGAGAGCUGGAAUCACAUGGGAGUUGUUUGGCUAACGGGGCCUUUUGUUUCUCUCUCCCCCUCUCAACAAUAAUGAGCUAAACAGGAAAAGUCUUUUAUUUUCUCUCUCUAACCCCAUUUCAUAGAAAUCAGAAAAAUUGAAAAAAGACAAGAUUUUUGGCCAAAAGAUUCAAUUUUUCUAGCUCUCCCGGAGAAAGGCUUCAUGGCCGACGAUAAGGAGAUGACUGCUCCUGUAGUUGAUGGAAGUAAUGAAGUUACAGGUCAUAUUAUUUCCACAACCAUUGGAGGCAAAAAUGGUGAACCAAAACAGACUGUUAGUUACAUGGCAGAGCGUGUAGUGGGAACUGGAUCCUUUGGAGUUGUAUUUCAGGCAAAAUGCAUAGAAACUGGAGAAACAGUGGCUAUAAAGAAGGUCCUGCAGGACAGGAGAUACAAGAAUCGUGAAUUGCAGUUGAUGCGCUCAAUGAAUCAUCCGAAUGUAGUUGGUCUUAAACACUGUUUCUUUUCAACUACCAGCAAUGAUGAGCUAUUUCUAAACCUAGUUAUGGAGUAUGUGCCUGAGACCAUGUAUAGAGUGUUGAAGCACUAUAGCAAUGCAAACCAGCAAAUGCCACUGAUAUAUGUGAAACUUUACACAUACCAGAUUUUUAGGGGGUUGGCAUAUAUGCAUGCUGUUCCUGGAGUAUGCCAUAGGGACUUGAAGCCACAGAAUGUUCUUGUUGAUCCUCUCACUCACCAGGUUAAAAUCUGUGAUUUUGGAAGUGCAAAAAUGCUGGUGAAGGGUGAAGCAAAUAUUUCAUACAUAUGUUCAAGGUUCUAUCGUGCCCCAGAACUUAUUUUUGGUGCAACAGAGUAUACUACUUCAAUUGACAUAUGGUCCGCUGGUUGUGUUUUGGCUGAACUGCUAUUAGGCCAGCCAUUGUUUCCCGGAGAAAAUGCUGUUGGGCAGCUUGUGGAGAUCAUCAAGGUUCUUGGGACACCAACUCGGGAAGAAAUUCGAUGUAUGAAUCCAAAUUAUACAGAUUUUAGAUUUCCCCAGAUCAAAGCACACCCAUGGCACAAGGUUUUCCACAAGAGAAUGCCUCCGGAAGCAAUUGAUCUUGCUUCCCGACUUCUGCAAUAUUCACCCAGUCUUCGUUGCAGUCCUCUGGAAGCAUGUUCACAUCCUUUCUUUGAUGAGCUCCGUGAACCCAAUGCUCGUUUACCAAAUGGUCGUCCAUUACCUCCACUUUUUGACUUCAAGCAAGAGCUAUCGGGAGCAUCCCCUGAACUUGUCAACAGACUGAUACCUGAUCACGUAAAACGCCAAAUGGGUCUCCAGUUUCUGCAUCCAACCGGAACAUAAAGUGCUUAGGAGGGCAGACAAUCUGGGCUCAGAUUCUUAAGUAUAAUGGGAUGGACUCUUUCUUAUAAUCUCCCUUUAAAAGGAUACUGGAGGAGCAUCAUAUUUUGGUUUACCUGGACUAGUACAGAUACUGUGGCUGGAUGGCUCCCCUGCCUGUUACGUGAUGCUUUUUAGUUGCUAUUUCUUCCACUGAACGUUUAUCUCCAUCAAACAACCGUAGUUGCCAUGAAGAAAGAACAGAAAAUGAGUUCUUUUUGUAUAUUUUGCUUGUACUAAUCAGAAAGCUCCUUGUGCAAAGUAAAAGUGUAGGAAGUUAAGAAGGCCAGAAUUGCCCUCCUAAAGAGAAGGUGGGCAAAAAUGUGAGUCCUGGCUACGGUUCUAUUCCACGUCUGUUUUGUCGACUUAUGUUCAUCAAUGCAAAAGAAUCCUGUUUGUUGUGCUCGAAGUUGCUUGUAUCAUACCAGUUUUGGGUUUCUGUUAUAUUAUGUAUAUAUAACUUUUCUGCUAUUUGUGAAA